AUGGUUGUAGGUGCUUUUCCAGCAGCAAAACUCGGAGCUCUAUUACUGAAACAAAUAAGUAAACCCAUAGCAAAUGCUGUCAAAAGACAGGCGAAAAGUUCACCAGUGUUUAGAAAAUAUGUUUGCAUGCCUCCAGCCCAAUUUUAUAACUGGUGUGAGAUAAAAGCCAAAAUGUGGAUUUUGAAUUUGGGCAAACCUGUCAAUAUCCCCGUUUUAAAUGAGGCUAUGGCAAUCGAACUAGGAGCAAAUUUACUUGGUGAAGGGAUAAUUUUUAUUAUAGCUGCCGGUAUACUUAUCGCUGAAUACAAUCGAUCUGCUAACAAGGAAGCUGCAAAGGAAGAAGCUAAAUUACAAGAAAUGAGAGAUCUGCAAACUACCAUAAGAGAAUUAUUUAUACAAACUGAAGAACAGAGUGCACAACUUAGAGAACUUACUAGGAAAUUAUAUGGGCUCGAAACUAAAUUAGGUGUUUCAAAUCCUGUUGUAUCACCGAAAACAACCCCUGCACCCCCCCAAUCCGGUGGUUCGGAGAAAAGGGUGGAUCCUAAUAAAGAUAAAAAAUACAAAGACAUAUACAUUAUUCCAACACCUGCAGUUACCUACCAAUCGAAUGAGAAUGUACCAAGAAAUGACCAGACAGAUAUCAUAAGAUUUUCUACACCAAAGACACAAUAUAACAGCACUAUUCUAAAGGCUGUUGCUGAAAUUGAAGACCAGUUUUGGGGGUAUCCACUUGUAGAUCAAGAAGAAAAUAAUAUUAUAUUUUUAAGUUUAUAUCAUGUAAAGAGUUUGCUGAGGUUGGGUGAUUAA